AUGACGACUCAGUUCAAACAUUUACCAGGCUAUACAGGACAUAUCCCAUCUGGAUUAGAUGAAGAAGAAGGCAUCGGUAGAAAUGCGAACCAAAGCCACAUCCCAGGUUAUCAAGGCUACAUCCCUAGCGUAAAAUCAGAAAAUCUAUUCGGUGAAACCUAUGGGAAAACCACUCAUAAGUCCUUAGCAGGGGAAUUUCCAAAAGGUUUGGACGUAGAGCCAAAAGACAAGUACAAGUCAGUUCACAGAGAGCAAUUUAUAAACUUAAAUACUGUGAAAGAAAAAACAGCAACAGAAAUAUUAGGAGUUCAGCCUAAAAAGGGCAAAGAGCCAGUUGUAAUUCCUAUCGAAACCCAAAACAAGUUUUGGGCUAUUGAAGAUGGAGACAGGGAAUUCAAAGCAGCCACAAAUGCGUUUUUUGGGGACAGUAAAGCUAUAGAGCUUUCCCCUUGGGCUACUUUAUAAAGAAUAUAAGUAUUUUUUUUGAGCAAUAUAAGGAAAAAAGCAUAAUUUUCAGCAAGAAAAUAAAGGAGACGAUUUUCAGACUCAUACAGAAAUUUUCUUUGGGAAAGAACGGCAGGAAGAGCCUAUAAAGCAUGGAGAGCCUAUUCCAGGAUAUACAGGAGUUUCCAGAAGGGUAGCUGCUGAUAAUAUUUUUGGGCUCACAUAUGCACAAUCGAGAUCUGCAGCCCAUGAUGGAUUAAAUGAGCUUAAACAAGAGCAAAAAGAAGUCCUCAAUGGAAGGGCAAAUUUUGUGCCUGAUUAUCGAAGGUAA